UAUUUUUGCCCCUCGACAGAAAUCCUGGCUUCGCCCCCUGCUCAUUCUAUCCCAUUAUGGACAUACAUUGUUGUUAAUGAAACUGUUGCAAUGACAGACGGUCAACCAGUGUUUCAUGAUGCAGGUCGAUGUCAACGGCCGAAACCAUCCUCCGAGCUCUGCAGGGCUGCAACAGCCUCAGCUGGCUCCAGAGGAUCCAUGCGCACGUCCUCGUCACCGGCCUUCACGCCCAUCCCGCUGUCUCCGGCGAGCUCCUCCGCUUCUGCGCUGUCUCAGCCUCCGGUUCCUUACCGUACGCCCAGCUCCUCUUCUCCCGCCUCCCGGACCCGCAGACCCAUCACUGGAACUCCAUCAUCAGAGGCUUCUCGCAGAGCCCCGAUUCUGAAUCCCCUUUGAUCGCCCUUCUCUACUACAACGACAUGGUUAGAGCACGAGCCUCGGCCGGUUCUCUGCCCGACGCCUUCACUUUCUCGUUCGCACUCAAGGCCUGCGGGAGAAUUCGGGCUCGCAGCAAAUGUGAGGAGGUUCAUGGGGCCGUGGUUCGGCGCGGAUGCGUGACCCAUGUGGUGGUCUGCACCAACCUGAUUGGGUUUGCGGGCAACGGGUCCAUCGAAGCUGCGGAGAAGGUGUUCGAUGAAAUGCCCGGGAGAGACUUGGUUUCGUGGAACUGCAUGAUCUCGUGCUACUCUCAAGCCGGGCUGCACCACGAGGUGUUGAAGCUGUACCAUCAGAUGAAGAAUCAGAGCGUGGAGCCCGAUGGAUUCACGAUCGUGGGGCUUCUCUCUUCUUGUGCCCACUUGGGGGCGCUAAACGUCGGGGUCGAACUGCAUGUUUGCGUCUCUCGGGAGGGACUCCUGGAGAAUGUUUAUGUUGGAAACGCUCUCAUUGACAUGUAUGCCAAAUGUGGGAACUUAGAUGAGGCCCUCCGUGUCUUCAAUGGGAUGCCGAGACAGGAUGUAUUCACGUGGAAUACUAUCAUUUCUGCAUUUGCAGUUCAUGGGCGCGGAGAUGAAGCUGAAAUGUUCUUCAGACAGAUGUUAAGUGCUGGAAUUCAGCCUGAUUCGAUUACAUUCCUCGGAUUAUUAUGUGGGUGCAGUCACCAAGGUUUAGUCCAUGAGGGAAUAGAAUAUUUUCACAUGAUGACCUCUAGCUUCAGUUUGAGUCCCGGGAUUAAACAUUAUGGUUGCAUGGUUGAUUUGUAUGGGCGUGCAGGGAAGCUUGAGAAAGCAUUAGAAUUUAUCAGGUGCUCUCCUUCUCGUGAUGACCCAGUCCUGUGGAGGACUCUACUCAGUUCCUGCAAGAUCCAUAAGAACGUAAAAAUGGGGGAGAUCGCAAUGAAGAAUCUGGUCCAACUCGGGACUUGUAAUGCAGGGGACUGUAUCUUGCUUGCUACCAUCUAUGCCGAGUCUAAAAACGAGAGAGGUGUUGCCAGAAUGAGGAGUUUAAUUAAAAGCCGAGAUAUAAGGACUAGCCCAGGUUGGAGUUGGAUUGAGAUAAACGAUCAGGUUCACAGAUUUGUUGCAGAUGAUUUGUCGCAUCCUGAUUGUAGAGAAAUCUACUAUAAAUUAGAGGAAGUAAUUGAUCGAGCUGCUUCAGUUGGUUACAUGAACUUUGAAACUAAGGAGGGUAAUUCUGAAACUGUCUUUUUUGAAGAUUAUGCAGUAUCUGGCACCACUCAUAGCGAGAAGCUGGCUAUUGCUUUUGGGUUGGCAAGAACUCCAGAAGGCACGAGUCUCAGAAUCGUGAAAAAUCUGAGAAUUUGCAGAGAUUGCCAUUCAUUUAUGAAGUCUGUCUCACUGGCAUUUGGUCGAGUACUUGUUGUCAGGGACCGAGUUCGGUUCCAUCACUUUGAAGGUGGAGUUUGUUCUUGCAAGGACUAUUGGUGAAAAAAUUGUGAUUUGCUGUUUAUUACUUCCCCAUGAACUGACCUGUGCAAUAACUGAAGUUAUGAGGACAAGGAACGAAGGUUCAUCUUCCCACCAGGAGCUGGUUCCAGAUUUGCCAAAUUCCAUUUAGGAAAGGUGUUAACUCAAGCUGCAGUACUCUCCAAGUGCUGGAACAGACUCCGGUGUUCAACUCUUAAGAUGAUACCGUCUUGUUAGGAUGGAAAGGAUUAUAGAAAAUCACUAUAUUUGCCGGGAUUGAUAGUUGUUUCCGAGGUCGGGAUUGAUACUGCUCCCAUAAGCCUUUGACUGAAGAAAGCCCCACAAGAAAGACGUCAGAUGCACGCAGUUAUAAUAUUCUCAUGUCAUCCUGAUCCCUAAGGCGUCGAUCGAUUCAGGCCUUCAGGAGGAAAUCAGGAGUACUGUUCUAUUAGCCAUAUUUGCAAUUGUCCUUGGAGGGAAGACUCUGCUUGUGGUUUCCUUGUCUAUGACUGGGUCUCGCCUAUCAGUGAGACCCGUAGACUGUUGUUGACUUGGGAACUCCAACUUGAUUGCUCACUCGGACUACCAACUUAAGAUCCCGACAAUUCCAAAUUACUUGCCCAGUUGAGAGAAUUGCACUCAAAUUCAUGGACCAGCUGAGGAAUUUAUGUUUUUCUAUGAACAGAACAUACUGUGACCAAAUCGUAGCAAUUUCAACAGUAUUGCUUAUGUUUA